AUGGAAAUCAGCAAUCGCCAAGACAUCGAUAAAUUGAUAGCUUAUAGCAAAAGUAUUCAAGUUGGCCUCAUCGAAGAUGUAUUUAUCUGAGCUAAUCCAGGAUUUCUAUGAUCAAUACACUCCCCCUGAGAAACAUGUCUAUGAACUAGAAACACUUCCUGAUAUAAAAUUAGAAGAAUUCGAACCUAAUCUAAAUGAAGAUGAAAUGCUUAAAUUAUUAAAACAGAAUGUUCAAUCUGCUAAAAUUAAAGAAAGUGUAAGUAGCGAACAUGAUAGUCUCGACAGUUCAGAUUCAAUUGAAAGGAGAUCCACUCCUCCAAAAUGUAAAUAAUAAUAAUAAGUUGAUCCUCAAAUCCAAAUCCAUGUCUAGAAAAGCUAAACCACUGUAGAUAUGACAGAGUACAACAAAGUUCCUGAAGAAGUCUUGUAAUUAUUAGAAGGAGCUAAAGAACGCAAAUCAAUGCUGGGAGCAGCCAUUAAAAUACUAAAGGAACCAGUUUGCUAUUGCAAUCCCAAGGAAAACCUAUUAAGAUCUACUUUUUUAACACUCAAUAACACAUUCAAAUCAAUGUUACCAAAAGUACUACAGUCCUAUAAGUUAUUUGAAUAAGCAUAACUGAUUAUUAUAAUAAUAAUAAUUACGAGUAGAGAUUGCUUAGAUACCCUAACAAUGUUGAUGCAUAUGAAAUUAGAUUUGUUGACGAUGACUUUGAAUUCAAAGCAGAAAUGGCUUUUGGUGCCAUUGACAAAAAAAAAGAAAUCCUUUCAACUCAAACCAAUGUUUCUCCCUUAUUGAAAUAAGUAACU